AUGACUGUAGGGAAAAUGUCAUUAACAUUUGCGGGAAGCGCACAAAUUGGAGCGAGACCGGAUAAAGCUACAAUUCAAAAAAUGCUUGAUGAGAAUGGUCAGUUGAUCAAAGUUAUUGUGCGAUACCAGAGUAUGGGAAGGGCAAAUGAUGCUCUCCAGUACCAGCAACUUCUUCAUCGAAAUCUUGUCUAUCUCGCUUCGUUAGCAGAUGCUAGCAUCCAACAGGAACUUAUGCAGCAGACCGACAGUAUAAAGAAAGAGGUUACGAGGCAAUAUCUGAACUCAAAUCAACAAAGUAAUUAG